AUGUCGUCGCGCGGGGACGCGCCGGAGAAGAAGGAGCGCAAGGGGAGCCUGCUGCGCCGGGCGUCGAAGCUCUUCGGGGGCGGCGGCGGCCGGCGGAGCUCGCGGCCGAGCCAGCCCGUGCAGUGGACGGCGGCCAUGAUCAAGGAGCGCGAGGAGGCGAACGCGCGGGAGCGCGCCGCCGCCGCCAAGGCCGCGGCGGCCGCGGCCGCGGCCGAGGCCGAGCGGUGCGCGCCCGUCGAGGUCGCGUCGCGGCGCGCGAACCGCGUCAUCGCCAUGCGCGACGGGCGCAACCUGAGCUUCGCCGAGGCCGGCGACCCCGAGGGCUUCCCCGUGCUCUGCUUCUUUGGGAUCGGGGGGAGCCGCUACCUCGUGCUGCUUUUGGACGAAGUCGCGCGGCAGCUCGGGCUCCGCGUCAUCUCGCCCGACCGGCCGGGCUUCGGGCGGUCGUCGGCCUGGAGCGACCGCGCCUUCGCCGACUUCGCGCGGGACAUCGACACGCUCUGCGCGACGCUGAGCCUGCGGCGCGUCGCGCUCUGGGGCUACUCGGUCGGCUGCGCGUACGCGGCGGUCUGCGCGCUGAGCCCCUUCGUGCGGCGGCGCCUCGUCGGCCGGCUGACCCUGGUGUCGCCCUGGGUGCCCCUGUCGGCGCCGGGCGUGCCGCUCCACUUCACCUUCGCGCGCUUCUUCCCGAACGCGUUUGCGGAGCUGCUCCAGCCGGGCUCCGUCAAGGAGCAGCGCGAGCAGCUGCGCCAGCGGGGCACGGAGGCCAUCCACACGGGCCGCAGCGCCGAGAUGCCCCUGUCGGCGCCGUCGACGGCCAUCGAGAACUUCGGGCUCCGGGGCGCGGCGAAGAGCCGCGCGUCUUCGCCGAAGACGCAAGCGAAGAAGAAGGUCGACGACGACGGGCCGGGCCGCGGCGUCUUCGAGCUCUUCCUCUGCGGCGCGGCCCUCGACGAGGACACGGAGACGUUCCGCGCCGACGACUCGGCGGAGCUGUCCGCGCUCGAGCUCCACGCGCUCCAGACGCUCCCGCGCGGGCCCCGCGUGCUCCUCGCGUCGAUCAUCGAGGCGCAGCGCCAGGGCGCGCGGGGCUUCCGCGACGAGUUCAAGCUCUGCUGCACGGACUUCGGCUUCAAGUACUCGGACCUCAAGUGGCCCGCGCGCAUCUACCACGGCACCGCGGACAACCUGGUGUCGACGACGUCCGCGCGGUGGCUCGCCGUGGAGCUCCGCAAGGGUUUGGCGUCGCCGGACGACGUCGAGCUCUUCGAGGUGCCGGGGGGCACGCACAACGGCAUGGUCUUCGCCAUCCUCCGGCGGUCCCUCACGGCCAUCUCUCGGGACCUCGCGCCCCUCGCCGACGAGCCACGCCCGGCGAAGCAGGCGGCCCGCGCGGGCCGCGUCCAGAGCCUCUAG